AUAAGCGGAGGUCGCUGUGUCAAACAAGUACACCACACCCUCCCUAGAGCUUCCGUUCGACUGCUAGGGGUACUGUUGCUGAUCUGUUUACUAGUUUCGACGGUUGAAGUUUCCGCCAGACCUUCAGACGCUGCUAAAUCCAAGCAAACGAUUUCGUCCAGUGAUCAUCGCGUUGAUCCUGCUCCCUUGUCGCAUCACAACCGCAAACGAUCGGCUGAGGAGAACGACUACGGAGACUAUUUCGAUGACGAGUAUUUGCACAUCAGGCGCUGCUAUGAAGAUGAGGAUGUCAACGAACUGUGUCAACGAUGUUCGAAGGUGACGAAAUCAGCGAUAGUGUUCCCGAUGUGCUGCAGUAAUGAAGAUGAUACGAUGGAUUGGUGCAAGGCAUACGUCUACUACGGCAUACAAAACUGACGGCCGCCGUCUAUGACGAUGCACUAUCAGGAAGCGCACAUUCCACUUAAACAGAUCUACUGAUUAGGCUAGCUAGAGAAUCCUAUUUAUUUGUGUUCAAAUGUCCCGCAUUAUCGUAUUUGUGUCAUUUUCAUUUUCGCGAUUUCAUUUAAUCAUCUAGUAAUUUAUUAUUACCAUAACUACUUACAUUACAUAUGUUGAAGGAGAUUAGAAGACUGCUGUAGUGUUUACAUUACAAAGAUAAAAUAAAAAAUAGCCAUGAGUAAGCAAAAUGGUAGUCAACUAUCAGGACCAAUUACGAUCGAAUAAAUAUUUGAACUUAUACCCCAAUCGGCAACUACCAGAAAACAAACGGAAGCACAUAAUAUUGAUUCUAUAUCACCCUCCAGUUUGACUU